UGCCAGUCUGUACUGCGGGUUAAAACCACCCGCUGGUCGUCCUUGAGAAGCCAAGAUGGCGACGACCGCGGUGAGGAAUCUGAGCUCUAUUUUGACUAAAAAUCUCCGUGAGAUCCGCCUCCACCUUUGCCAGACCUCGGUGGCUAGCAAGGGGGCCAGGGACUUUGUGGAGCACAACUAUGUGACCCUGAAGAAAGCCAACCCAGACUUCCCCAUCCUGAUCCGAGAGUGUUCUGGAGUCCAGGCCCGGCUCUGGGCCAGAUACGAUUUGGGUAAAGAGAGGAGCGUUGCCGUGGACAACAUGUCAGCUGAUCAGAUCACCGGUGCUCUUCAGACUCUAGCUCAGUCCAGACCUUAACCCCCACUCCUGGACCCGGUUCUGCUUUGUUCCAGGUCACCUGAGUCCGUUAACAUGUUGUCUUCUGUAAACAUGUUUUCUUAAUAUGAAUAAAUCUGUGACAUCA